AUGCCCAGCAUGGACUUCAAUCCACGCAUAAGCAUUGCUCGCGGCUCACAACAAUCCAGCCAGCAGAAGCGCACCAAAGAGCAAGACGAAGAUGCGUUCAUGAACCUGUCCGACAGAGAAAUCGCCGGCUGCAUCUCAGACAUUGGCAUCGCAUUCACAAUCGAAGACCUCCGCAACCCGAAAGCCCCCCAAGUCCAGAAGAUCUUCGAAUGGUUCGCCGAACUGCUCACGAACACUACGCGCGAAGUCGUUGCGCCGGCGAUGAAGGCGGCCGCGGAAGAUCUGUGCGGCGCUGACGACGCAGAGCGGAUCUUCACAGCAGACACGCGCGAGCUGAUGGGCUUCUUCGUGACGAUGCGGAGGCUACUGCUCGAAUGCGGGAUACGCGAUUUCACAUUCUCGGACUUGUACAAGCCGCAACAUGGGAGGCUGGUGAAGAUCUUCAGCUAUAUCAUCAAUUUCAUUCGCUUCAGGGAGAGUCAGACGGGGGUCAUUGAUGAGCACUACAACAGCAGCGAGAACACGAAGAACCAGAUCGAGCAGCUGUACCAUGAGAACCAGGAGAAGGAGGAGCAAUUGGAAGAGAUGCAGCAGAAUCGGAAGAACGUGGAGCAGGCGAUUCGCGACAAGGAGAAGAGAAAUGAGGAUCUGAAGACGCGGUUGUACGAGCUGAACAAGGCGCAGAAGGUCGUGCAUGAGAAGCUGGAGCGCGUCAAGGAGGAGCAGAAUCGGCUGAAGGUGGCAUUGCAAGACAAGACCACGGCGGUGAUGACCACACGGCAAGAAGCCAGCAAGCUACGACCAUAUACCGAGCAGUCUCCUGCAGUGCUUGAGCAGUCGCUGCAGACGCUCAAUUCCAACCUCCACAACGACCGCGCGGAAAUCGAGCGUCUCGACAAACGCACGCGCGCUUUGCAGACUUCCUGCGAUACCUUUACACCUCUCAUCGCCGACAUCACCGCUCUCCACAACCUCCUGUGCAACCUGCAUGCCGAUCUGGGUAAGGAGGACGAAGAAGCGAAGAGCGCAGCGAAGAACCGAGAAGCCCUGGCGGAUAAGUCGUACAAAGUGCGAGAAGUAGGUCGUGAGGAGCGGUCUUUGCGAAUGCAGCUGGAGCAGUCAAAAGCGAAGACUGAACGGUUACGGCGGGAUGCGGAGGGCAAGGCUGCGAACACGAAUGCGAAGAUGACCGCGUUGAGACAGACGCAUGAGGAGUUGACUGCGGAGCGGCAGGAUCGGCAUCGGGAGGUCGAGAGGCGGAGAAUAAGGAUCGAGCAGACGGUGAAGAAGAUGGAUGAUCUGAAAUACAACAUCGAGCGCGAGGUGCAAGAGGCGCGCGAAGAGUACAUGAAGAUGGAGAGUCACAUUCGGCUGUACAUGACCGAGAUGGAACAGAGCAUAUGA